AUGGCAAAGAGCCUAAAGAAGAUCGCAGAGCCCAUAAGCGCAGCACAGGCGUAUCCAAAAAAAAUCAUGAACGUAAAUGCCACCGCUAUUUAA